AUGUCCCAGCUCUUCUUUGGAAAGCCAGCCCCUACCUUUCAGUCUACACCAAAACCUGGUCAUCAUCAUCCCUCAUCACCCAAGGACCCUGAACAAGGACAUGGGCCAGACCAGGACAUCCCUGAUGAGACAUUUUCGUUUGUGACACUGGACGAAAGCCAUGGACAGCAAAGUGAGGACUCCGGCAUCGACAUUUCAAACAUCUCCAAUAGACGUGACGUACACAACAGUACUUCCAGCGAGCUCCCAGGUGAGGAGGCUACGACUGCUCUCAGUUCAACGAUAGAGGAGAUAGGGAAGAAGGCCCAGGAUCUGAUAGAGAGAAUAAACCAGAGCCGAGCCAUGGACCAGGAAAUCAUGACCACCUUUGAGAACAAGUUAAUGAAUAAGGUGAGUGAGGUGUGCCAGCAGGUGAAGGAGCAGAUGUUCAGCAGCUAUGAGGAGCAUGGCCAUGGGAUGGAGGCCAAUUUACAGGAGCUGUCUGAGGUGCUGGAGAGGAGCAGUCAGCUCAGUAUGGAGCUGCAGGGAGCCAGUCGGACCUUAUCAGCCAUCAACAACAGCCUGCAGCAGACGGCUGAGAACUGACAUCUACCCAGCCAUUCAUUUAUUUUAACUGCCUUACAGCAUCCCGACUUCUGGGAGGUCUAGAAUAAUUAAAGCAAUGCCUUGUGUUUGUUUGACUGUGGUAUAUGUCUAAUAGGACAUAAAACAGUGGUUGUAAACUGAGCAGGUGUUGGAAGAAGCUUUUGUUUAUUAAAUUAUUUAUU